UUUAAUGCUCUAAAACAUUAUUCGGAUAAUGGCAUAGUCAACGAAAUUGGCCCCCAAUCUCCAUCCAUCUGGUCCUGUUAACAACCAACGACUGAAAGAACUCAAACUCCCCCACCAGUCUCCCUGUCUUGAUCAGGUGAUUGCUUAAUCAUAUUUGUGAGAAUGAAACGGAAAAAUGCAAGUUCUUCGGGGACAGCAAAUCCCGCGGUUAGUCAUAAGCCUAGUGAUGUUCCUGGUGUUAGUGAGGGACCGCAAACCAGUGACAGUGUUAGAAUUCGAAACAGGUCACCAUAUGCGAUACUGGCACUGUUUGUUCUGGUGAUAUAUGGCUCUUGGGCUGUUUAUCAUUAUCAGUUUGAGACUUUGCCUAUGCCUCUUACUGCUGAUCAGGCAGGCAAGAGGGGUUUUUCUGAGGAAGAAGCCAUGAAUCAUGUAAAGGAAUUGACUGGUUUGGGCCCACGUCCUGUCGGUUCUGAUGCUGUUGAUCUUGGUCUGCAGUAUGUCUUGGCUGUAUCAGAAAAUAUAAAGAAAACAGCUCAUUGGGAAGUUGAUGUUCAAGUGGAUUUUUUCCAAGCAAACUCUGGUGCCAAUCGGCUGGUUGGUGGCCUUUUUAAGGGAAGAACACUUGUCUAUUCAGAUCUAAAUCACAUUGUAUUGAGAAUAUCGCCAAAAUAUGCAUCUGAAGCAGAAGAAAGUGCUAUUCUGAUCUCCUCCCAUAUUGAUACUGAUUUUUCAACGGAAGGAGCUGGGGAUUGUAGUUCAUGUGUAGCUGUUAUGUUGGAGCUUGCUCGGGGAAUUUCUCAAUGGGCUCAUGGAUUUAAGAAUUCAGUCAUAUUUUUAUUUAAUACUGGUGAAGAGGAGGGCUUAAAUGGUGCUCAUAGCUUUAUAACUCAGCAUCCAUGGAGUGAUACUAUUCGUUUGGCUAUUGACUUGGAGGCCAUGGGUAUUGGAGGGAAGUCUGGCAUAUUUCAGGCUGGUCCUCAUCCAUGGGCUAUCGAAAACUUUGCCAUUGUGGCAAAGUAUCCAUCUGCCCAAAUCGUUGCACAGGAUGUUUUCACUUUUGGAGCUAUAAAAUCUGCAACGGAUUUUCAAGUGUACAAAGAGGUUGCAGGUCUUUCAGGGCUUGACUUUGCAUACUUAGAUAACACUGCUGUAUAUCACACAAAGAAUGAUAAAUUGCAGCUUUUGAAACCGGGUUCACUUCAGCAUCUUGGAGAUAAUAUGCUUGCAUUUCUGGUUCAUGCUGCUGCAUCCUCUCAUAUUCCUAAUGGCAAGGAAAUGGAUGCAUUUCAAAAGACUGGCCAGGACACUGCUAUAUUUUUUGACAUUUUGGGGACGUACAUGAUUGUUUACCAUCAACGUUAUGCCAGUAUGCUUUAUAAUUCAGUGAUAGUGCAAUCACUUUUGAUAUGGAUGACAUCACUGCUAAUGGGUGGUUAUUCAGCUGCGAUAUCAUUGGCCUUGUCAUGUUUGAGUGUUAUCCUUAUGUGGAUAUGUUCAUUAAGUUUCUCCACUCUUGUUGCCCUUAUUUUACCACACAUAUCUUCAUCACCAAUGCCCCUUAUUUCAAGUCCAUGGUUGGCAGUUGGUCUAUUUGCUGCUCCUGCUCUCCUUGGGGCAUUGAUUGGCCAACACUUUGGCUAUCUCAUUCUCCAAAAAUAUUUAUUGGAUGUAUCUUCCAGAAGAAGAAGGACUCUGUCUACCGUCGUUCAAGCUGAUUUGGCCAAGUUGGAUGCUGAAAGAUGGCUCUUUAAAGCUGGUUUGGUGCAGUGGCUUGUUCUACUGAUAAUGGGAAAUUAUUAUAAGAUUGGCUCUUCCUAUUUACCUCUUGUUUGGCUAGUCUCACCUGGAUUUGCAUAUGGUUUGCUUGAAGCAACCUUAUCCCCAGCCCGGUUACCGAAGCCACUCAAGACUCUGACUCUGUUGAUGGGCCUAUCUUUACCCUUUUUAAUUUCUGCUGGCAUGUUUAUUCGGAUGGCAGGCUUAAUAAUUGGCAGUGCAGUUCGGUUUGACAGGAACCCUGGUAGCGCCCCUGAGUGGCUGGGGAAUGUAAUACUUGCUAUAUAUGUUACCAGCAUCAUAUGUCUGACGUUGGUGUAUCUCCUUUCAUUUGUUCACUUUUCAGGUGCAAAAACAUUAAUCACCCUCAUAACUUGUACUGUGUUUGGUCUCUCACUUGCUGCUGUAUUAUCUGGUAUCGUUCCGCCAUUUACUGAAGAUACUGCCAGAACUGUAAAUGUUGUGCAUGUUGUGGAUACAAGAGGAACAUAUGGUGAAAAACAAGAGCCUAGUUCUUAUGUUUCUCUGUUUUCAAUGACUCCUGGAAAGUUGACGAAGGAAGUUGAACAGAUUGGAGAAGGAUUUGUUUGUGGUAGAGAUAAGGUCAUUGACUUCAUUACCUUGUCAGUAAAAUAUGGUUGCUUGACCAAAGAUAAUGUGGGAAGUGGGUGGAGUGAAUCAGAAAUUCCCACACUGCAUGUCAAGAGCGAUAUAAAUGGGGAUGACAGAAUUACACAAAUUUUCAUCGAUACAAAAAUUUCCACACGCUGGACUCUUGCAAUCAAUACUGAGGAAAUAGAAGACUUCAAGUUUAAAGAAAUUCAAAAAGAAAACUCAGCGGAGUUGGUUCCAGUGGGUGACAAGAGCAGUGUAGAUGGAUGGCACAUCAUCCAGUAUUCAGGCGGGAAGAAUGCGCCUACAAGGUUUGAUCUGACCCUUCACUGGAUUAAAAAUUAUACCAAAGUGGCGCGAGAGGAUGGGAAGAGAACGGAGGACCAGCAUCUCCUCCUAAAAUUGAGAACAGACGUUAACAGAUUGACGCCGAAAGCUGGAAAAGUUCUCCAAAAGCUUCCUUCGUGGUGUUCGUUAUUUGGCAAGUCAACGUCUCCCCGUACCUUAGCUUUCUUGAGCAGUCUACCAGUUCAUUUCUAGGUAUCAAAAAUUUUCAUACCUCCUCUCGCGUCUUGCCUUUGUUGUUGGUAAAUCUGAAUUAUGAAAUUGUAUAUGCAGAGAUGGAAUGGCCUUACCAUGUACUGGUAAACUAAGAGGGUGUUUAGGAUGCUCUAAAUAAGUUUACUUUUUUAUUUUUUACAAAAAAAUAAGUAAAAAAGUAGUGAGGUGAUUUAACCAAAAAAUGAAAAAUAAAAAAAAAAACAUAUACUUUUUGUAAGGGAUGUUAAAUAGUGCCUAAGUCACUAAUUUGAUCAAGAAACUUUUUAUUUUUAA